CUCAGUUCACUAGGAAGUGCCGUCUAUUUUUCCAAAAUAGCAAGUACUUUGGUUCACGCUCCUCUGGCUUUAUUGCUUAUAAUAUAAUAUUAUAUUAUAUUAUAUUAUAUUCAACAUAUGGCAAAAUAAAGGAGGGAAACAGUUCAUAUCAUAAAUAGGUUUAAAUGAAUGCAUAGCAGAACUGCAUGCAGACAUGCAAAAGUGGAGCAACGGAGCAUUGUUAAACGCAAUUUAAAAAAAUCCAAAAUGCAGUUAACAGUUAACUAUGAUACGCUGUAUUGUAUGUAAACAACAGAAGUGUUUUUACGUAAAAUGACUGUGACAAUAAUCGUAUGUUUUUUUACUAAUACGCAAAUAGAUUUUUAUCUUGGAAAAUUCGUUGCGCAAAUUGUAUGGGUAUCACGGGCAGGUAACCUAGCAACCGUGUUUCAGUCAGGUUUUAAAUCUGACUAGCUCAUAAACUCUUUUUGAAAAGAUUAAAAGAAUUAAUAAUAUUACCUGCAAAAAUACACGCCUACAUUUAUACAACCAUGCGCUUUAUAAAUUAACCAACGCUCUCUAAUGGAAGUUUCAAUCGUGACUCCAGCAGUUUGUUGUAUACUCAGUAGCACCCGCUUUUUGAACGAAGAAUGAGCCAGACUCAUGGUGAGACAAUGAGAGACAGGCAGAAUGUAUUGGAUGUUUUUAAUAAGCACUUCAAUAUGCAUGAAGAACUCAGUGGUUCAUCUACCCAAUGCACCCAAGAUCCUUCUGGUGUAAGCUUUUGUAAAAAUCAAGCAAGAAAAUUCAAAGUGAAACGACUAAAGACUCGUAAGGAAAGAAGUCAAUUCAGAAAUCAGAAAGGACAAGAGACCAAACAAAGCUAUCGGCAAUACAGUAGGAGGGAAGUUAAAACAUCUAAAUGCCCCAUUUGCUGUCCAAAAUGCCAAAAGCCCCCUCUGUCCAGAGAACCUCUGUCUGGCAGGACUUUCUCCAAGCAGGAGCCCUGCAUCAUUACUGACAGUCGUCUAAUUGGUCAUCGUGGUCUGUUUAGCCAUGAAGUAAAAUCCAUCAACAUUGUACGACUGUUAACGGACCAGAGUAAGAAAACCGAUGGAGGAAGAAGAGAAAACCUUAGUAAAAUUUGUACCACUAAAAAUACUGUUCCUUCAUCUUGUUAUCCAUCUCCUGAUCCUGGACCCAGUACAUACUGUGGCCCUUUUCUUAGUCCAUAUAAGAAAAAUCGGAAAAAAAGCAGAGAAGGAAUUACACAGAAAAAUACAAACCGAGAGUACUCCUGUAUAACUCCCUCGAAAGCUGUUGUGCUAGAAAAAAUGGUGAAGACAGGUGAAUCUUUUCUGGUAGGCCUAAUUUCAGGAGAAGUUGAAAAAACAGGAUUUUCUGCUUCUCAACAAGAUUCCAACAGCCAGGGAACAAGUUCUCUUCAAGAAAAAUUGGCAGCAGAUUCCAGAUUUCUAUCAUGUCAUUCAUCUGAAAAUGAACCUGCCUUCCAGUUAUCCUCAGACAGUUCUGAUGGUAGGAUUUCAAAUAAAAUUGAGUUGAGCUCUUUGGGUGUAGUACUGGAUAAUGAUUCGCUGCAAUCGCAUACUGCAGAGAGGGAGAGGCAACAAUGCAAUGAUUCAAAGACAAUGACAACAUCAACACCCCUGCAGGUGUCUGAGAUUAGCAAUUCUCAAAGCAGUCUUAGAAAUGAUGUCAGUUUAGACUCUGACCCACCUACUGUGGAAGAUGUGACACAAAAUAAAGCUGAGAAUUAUCCUUCUGCACGCGUGGCCACAGUAGUCUCGCGCUUGCAUCACUCCCUAGACAUGCCACUGUGGCGCCGGGGAUGUCUGCUGGUCGAAAGCAAGGAGGCUCUGCUCCAGGCACUUCAAGAGAGCCAUGGUGUCCAGCUGCAAAACAAUCUCCAUGCAGUGCAGCAUACCCUUGGCUGUGAUGCAAUGGUGGCAGAAAGAGCUGCUUCUUCCCAUCCAGAUUCCAAGUAUAUUCCAUCCCAUUCAAAUGGAGGCAAUAGCCCAGACAGAGAGCCACCCUGGACCAGGACACACAAAGCUGGCUGUCAUCGGAGGAGGAAACAGAAGAACCCCCAGAAACUGGAGCCGCAGCUGCUCUCUGAGUCACCACAAGCUAAAAUAGCAGCAAGAGAGUGGAAUUCAAGCACUACAAUCCAGCAAUCCAGUGUGUCCGUUAAUGUUUUGAGGCCACACUCCUCAGAGUUUUUUAUGGAUCUCCAACCAGCAUUUGAUGCAUUAUCUCCAGUUCCAGCUAAAACACAUGACGGGUCUCCAUUGCCUUGGGUAUAUCCUUCAAACAAAGGAACAACAGCUUUUAUUGUUGGUGAGAAGAAGUGUGACACUAAUGUGUCCUUUUUAAACCUAACAGAAAGUUUUGAGAGGAACAGAAAGCCUUUCUUAAAAUAUACUCUUUCAGCUCCUAGAAAUGGCUCAAGUCAUUUGAAGUUUUGGGAAGAGUGUUCAAUUGACACAGAGAAAAGCUAUUUAAACAAGUUAUUUAAAAAUUCUUCUCCUCCCCAUCACUGUCCACUUUUGCAUCAGUAUAUGCAGUCAUACUAUCCCUCUCACACACUUCCUUCAACAUCUAAAUUCUAUAGAUUGGACAUGAGUCAAUAUCCACCCUCUGACAGGCUAGAAAAAGGAUUGUCUCCCCGAAAACUGUCCUUCCCUUUUUACCCCAGCCCUGAACAUUGGUCUUACCCUCGAAUGAAGCUUUACUGAUCUGCAUUUAUUACAAAAUAUUUUUCAGUGGAAAGAACAACAUGCGUUGUGCAAAAAAAAAAAUAAUAAUUCACACAGGCUUGGAUGUUUUCAUAAAACUUUUACUUGGAAAGCUCAGAGUACUGUGAAAUUGAAUGUGGUCAAAUAUGUAAUACAAAAUACUUAAAAUUUCAGUUUAGAAGUUCAGUUUGUUAGGAAUCUUUAUAUUUUGCAAAUAUUGUUAUGUAAUAAACAUACAUACUUAAAACUAA